CUAGGACUUGCUUUGUUAAAUCAAACACAAAAAAAUUAAAAUAAAUUACUUUAAUUGUAAAUAAUAUAUAAAGAAAAUUGAACUGUUCUAUUUAAGAAUAAAGAUCAAAUCAGCAAAAGAUAAAUUAUCUUUAUUGUCGUUACUAUCAUGUGAUAUUUUUGUAUCGUCUUUAACAAGAAAAGAUCAUACUUUAGGUCAUGUGAACUAUCUUAUAAAUGAUAAUCAUCUAAAUCAAACUUGACGAAAUACUUUUAGCCAAAAUGAAUAUACCACCACCUAACGAAACUGAAAGUCCCAAUAAUGCACCAUUACUUAAUGAUGAUGAGACCGACUCUAAGACAGCAAAAAAAACUAGCUGGGUUUGGACUUAUUGGGAUGAGGAGACACAAGAAAUAAAAGGCGUAUCACGUCAAGUAAUUAUCUGUAAAGUUAUUGAUGCUUCCAAUCAAACACCAUGUAGAAAAAUAUAUAUCAAGAGUAGUGGGUCUACUGGUAAUGCAAUAAAUCAUUUAAGAAAUAAGCAUGAUAUCACUAAAGAUGGUAAAAACAAUAAGCCAAAAGAUCCAGAUAAUCAAGUUACAAAGAGUCAUAAACAUUAUUCAGCAAAAAAUCAAGAGGAAUCCCGGCAAUAUCUUGUUGAUUGGAUAAAUCCUGAAAAGACAUCUGAAUAUCUUCUUCAUGUUAUAUCUGAUUCACCAACACGAUGGAAUUCAUCGUAUUUAGCUUGGCAGCGGCUUUUGAAACUUAAAAAUCAUAUUAUUAUGUUGAUUAAUACUCUUGCUACAAAAAAUGAUUUAGAUUCGAAAAAAGAUUAUAAAAGGAAAUUAAUUGAUAAACCAUAUGCCAAUGAGUUAAGAAUGGUCAAGCCUGUUCAAAAAAAAAUAAAGAACUGA